AUGGCCAUGGAGGCUCUCACACCGUGGCCCGGCAAUGGCAGCAGGGCCCUGUGCCCCGUGGACACCGCCUUUGCCCAGCGCUUCUUGCCUGCCGUCUACCUGGCGGUGAUCCCCCUGGGGCUGGCGGGGAACGGGCUGGGGCUGUGGCACCUCUGCACCAGGCCCCGGUGGGGUGCCCACCAUCCCCUCGGCCUGCUGAUGGGCAACCUGGGCCUGGCCGACCUGCUGUACGUCAGCACGCUGCCCUUCCUCGUCAGCUACUACCUGCGGGGCAGAGUGUGGCUCUUCGGGCAGGGCUGGUGCCGGAUCACCCGGGGCCUCUUCCACCUCAACCUCUACGCCAGCAUCGGCUUCCUCACCUGCAUCAGCAUCCACCGCUACCUGGGCAUCGUGCACCCGCUGAAGGCACGGGGCAGGUGCCAGGGGACAACCUCUUCCGCAUGGCUCAGCGUGAUGGUCUGGUUGUGGGUCAUUGCGCAGGUAGCUCCCGAUUUCACCUUCAGCAAGGUGGACGACACGGGGAUGCGGUGCCAUGACACGACAGGGCAUGAGAACCUGGGCAUUUACUUGCCGUACACCACGGCCAUCACUAUGACUGGGUUCGUCAUCCCGUUCCUCAUCAUCAUCGGAUGCUACUGCCACGUGGUGGUGGUGCUCUGCAGGAACGAUACCAUGGACCUCAGUCUCAGGAGAAGAAGCAUCAGACUGGUGAUUCUCGUGAUGGUCCUCUUCUCCAUCUGCUUCCUCCCCUACCACAUCUUCAGAAACCUCAACUUGUUGUCUCGAGGCUGGCAGCUGCAAGGGUCCUGCACACAGGCUUUAAAAAACAUCUACAUUUUCUACCAGGUGACCCGGGGCCUGGCCAGCUUCAACAGUGCCCUCAACCCCCUGCUCUAUGUGAUGACCAGCAAAGACUGCAUGUCAUGUAUGAGGACCAUCAGCCAAAGAGCCAGCCAGUCCCUGGGGUCCACCUUCAGGAGGAAAACCUCUUGCCAGACAGAUGAGAAGAAGAUGAGCAUCAUUCUUUGUGAGGAGGAGGCUUCUGAUGAGCUUUGA